AUGGGUUGGUCUGUUGGUACAAUUAUAGCAGGUUCAAUUGGAGUUGGUGCUUUAGGAAUAACAGCACUUUCAAUGCCAUUUGUAGCACCGGCUUUUAGGAGAGUAUGUAUUCCUUAUGUCCCGGCUACAUCACAACAAUUGGCUAAUAUUAGUAAAGCAUUAGAAAAGUGUCAUAAUAUUGGAUCUUUAAUUGACUUGGGUAGUGGAGAUGGGAGAGUUGUAAGUUAUUUUUAA